CUCCUCAUCAUCAAGAUUUAUUACGCAAUCUAGUCCUACCAUGAGCAAUUGAGGAGGCAAGAAGCCGAACAAGGCUAUCGGUUCCAAGGGAAAAGGAACAAAAGGCCUGCUUCUGUCUGUUUCGCAUCUGGGAUGCAUACAUACUACUACAAUAAAAAUACUGGAAUAGCGUCUUCGACUCGCUAUUGGGACCAACACACAGCCAUGUCUACAACGUCAACGUAUAUACAAGUGACCGAGCUUGACGAGGAAGACCAGCCGGUGUUCCAUCGCUCGUUCCUUAUUAAAGGUAGCUCCGAUGUCAUUCCACCCUCGCAGUUGGUCCAGCACGUUGUUCCCGAAGCCAAGCAGAGUGUUCUCCUGCUCAAUGGGGUUCGAGAGCAGUACACCCUGGUCGACAACCAUAACAUUCCGUCUAUUUUACACGAUGGGGAGAUCCUCGUCAAGGUGGUUGCCAUUGGCUUGAAUCCGAUCGACUGGAAAGCACCUGCUUUCAACUUUGGUAUUCCGGCUUUACCUUGGAUUAAUGGCCGCGACCUUGCCGGCGUCGUUGUCAAGACCUCUGCUGCCAAUGGUUCGUCUCGCUUGCGCGUCGGGGAUAUUGUUCUUGUCCCAUCUACCGACUAUCGGGAUAUCCGCAAGGCAGCCUUCCAGGAAUAUGCUAUUGCUACACAUUUCAACGCUGCUAGAGUCCCGUCAUCAACGUGUAUCCACGCAUCAGCAUCGUUGGGUGUCGCUUUCGUUGCAGCGGUUCUCGCACUGGGUGUUUCCUUGGGGCUAGAUUUCACCUCGUGCGCCUCGGGGCCAAAUCUCGUGGACGUGCUUGGAAAGAUUAGCCCAGGCGACAUCCCUGAGGAUAUUAGAGAAGAGUGCCUAUUGUCGUCAGCCCAGGGAGAACGGUUGACGAAGGGAGAAUGGAUCGCUGUUUGGGGAGCAUCCACGACCACCGGUUACAUUACCCUCCAGCUUGCCAAAAUGGCUGGUCUGAAGGUCAUCUGCGUGGCCGACGUUGCCCGCCACGGCGCAAAGCUACUCGACGCCGGUGCGGAUCUCCUUGUGGACCGGCACGAUACCAAGCGCGCCGUGGAGAUCAUUAAGGGGGUCACCGGUGGGAAACUUCGGUAUGCCAUGGACAUUGUGGGCAAGGAAACGGCCACCCUGCUGCAGGAAACUCUUGACGUUACAGCCCAUCCCCACCUGCUGGGGCUGACAGGUCUGCCCAAGGAGCGCGACGCUCGGAUCCGAUACCACACCGUUCCCAUUAAGCUGUUUCACACCGCUCCGACAGUUGGGGAGAGCAUGGUAUUGUGGCUGGAAGAACUGUUGCAGUCGGGCACUCUCCGGUUGCCGGAAAUUAUCCGCGCAAAGGGGGGCCUUGGGGGGAUCAACGCGGCAUUGGAGACCCUGCGGCAGGGCACGGCGUCGGGCAAGAGAAUUGUCGUUGGCCUAGAAGAAAAUUCUGAUGCAUAGAAUGUUUUGCCUAUAAGUUACGAUAGAAAUGAUUUUUCAUAAUUAAACAGAUUUACUUAGCAUUAGAUUACUACUAUCUAUCCAAGAUGAACUAUCAAU